AUGGGUUGUGCCUUGUCCUGUAGUCUGAAAUUUGUUUUGCAAAUCUUCAACGCCAUCCUCUGUGUGAUCUUCCUUGUGGUUGGAAUUUUUGGCAUCGUUUUGGUUUCUUCCAAGUCGGCUGUACAAAGUUUGUUGGAGAAUGUGUUUGACUUGGCCAAAGUCGAGCCAGGAGAGAUGCAAGAGUUUGUCCAAUUUAUCACCGAGAAUAUCAGUGGUGUCGCUUACACUCUCAUUUCAGUUGGUUUUUUCAUAGCACUUUUGUGCCUAUUUGGCUUCAUCUCCUCUUGCUGCGGCUACGAUUUACUGCUCAAGAUCUACUGCGCUCUCUUGGUUGCAAUCCUAAGUGCCCAACUAAUUGCGGUGGCAGUAGUCUUUGCCACUCCAGACCGAAUGGCUUUGGCUCUCGUGAAUUCAACAAAUGAAUUGCUUCCACUCUAUGGUAAUACAACAAGACCUGAGGAGGCCGCAGCAUCGGCAAUCUGGAACGCCAUCAUGAAGGAGGAAGGCCCUGCUGCGGAAUGGACGGCUUCGAAGAUUUCCUGUGCACUUAUUGUUUUGCUAUUUGCAGGGACGUCAAAGCUUCCAGUGGAGUGUUGUGGUUCGGAUGCCUCCACGUGCAGCCCUGAAAGGGCUAGAACAGCCAAAAUUCCUGGA